CGGCGGAGGGAUUGAUAUCUGUGAGAGAGAGCAGUGCGGGCAGAGGACUACCAGUAUUCGCUGUGGACGGAAAGUGGAGGGCGAAAACUCGAAACGACAGCUUGCCGUAUGCCAAUGUGCAACAUUAUACAGUUUCGGUAGAGGCCAAGGGAUCGAGAAUCAGUCGCAGAAGAUUUGAGCUUCGGUCAUCUGAAAGAGGAGUGUGUAAAGAUGUCGUCUCCAAGUCCGGGCAAAAGACGAAUGGACACCGACGUGGUGAAACUUAUCGAGAGUAAACAUGAAGUCACAAUCCUGAGUGGACUCAAUGAAUUUGUAGUGAAGUUUUAUGGACCACAAGGAACACCAUAUGAAGGGGGUGUAUGGAAGGUGCGAGUAGAUCUUCCAGACAAAUACCCCUUCAAAUCGCCCUCUAUAGGAUUUAUGAAUAAGAUUUUUCAUCCGAACAUCGAUGAAGCGUCAGGGACAGUGUGUUUAGAUGUGAUCAACCAGACAUGGACCGCUCUUUAUGAUCUCACCAAUAUCUUCGAGUCGUUUUUGCCACAGUUGCUGGCCUACCCGAACCCCAUCGACCCUCUGAACGGGGACGCCGCAGCCAUGUACCUACACCGACCAGAGGACUACAAACAGAAAAUCAAAGAAAACAUCCAGAAAUAUGCAACAGAGGAGGCUCUGAAGGAGCAGGAGGAAGGAGCGGGCGACUCCUCUUCAGAAAGCUCCAUGUCUGACUUUUCAGAGGACGAAGCUCAGGACAUGGAGUUGUAGUUAAGGGUGACAGUUUCUCCCCUUUACCACAGAGACUAUAUUAUUUCCUAACCAUGCGAAGCAGACUAUAAAAGAUUCAUAUUUAAACAAGGUGAUUUUUUUUUUUAUCAUUAUUAUUACUAAACCAGGAUUUUUAUGGAUAUCUAGCGUUGAUGAUGAAUAUGGCACCCUCUGUAGGUGUUCUAUCUCUACUUCUUGGUGGUUGUUUUUUUCCCCCUUUUUUUUCUCUUUCACUCUCUCACUCGCUCUCUCCGUCACCCCAACAAAAGAAAGGCUUGUAGAGUUUCCCCCCUUGAUUCCACGUUGGUAGCUGCGUAGCUGGAAUGCAUGUCAUCGCCUCCCUAAUCCACCUUUUUCCGACGCAGACUGUCCAGACAGAGGCCGUAUUUAAACGGGGGUGCCCUUUUUUUUGUCCCCUUGUGAUGUUACUAACAUACUGAGAGUUGUGUUUGUGAUGCUUUGAUACAUGAAUCCCCUCGGCUUAGACCUUUUGCCAGGACGGUCUUCAGGUGGAGUUGUUGCAGAUGGAUCGGACACGUUUUGCCUCAUUACUUCCCUCCACCUCAGCGGUUUGAUCGAUCCCAUUCGAUCAUCCCAGUGCAAGUCAUUUUGAAUUAUCGAUGCUUUCCUGGUUGUCCCAUUUUUUUUAACUUUUCGUUUGUUUGUUUACUCUGUUUUAAGAUAAAAACGCUUUAGAAGAAUUCCUCUUCUUUUUAUUUUGGUCUUACCUCGAGGGGCAAGUUUCCACGCUGUAUGUUAAAGCAAGCAUCAGGAUUUUACAAAACGCUGCUCACCGAUCAAGCCCACGAUACAGCGCCAGCGGAAAAUAUCAAUACGACUCCCUUUAAGUUCCAUGAGCGUUUUUUUUUUUUUUUAAAGAGGAUGUAGGUGUAGAGGCUAGCACACCGAAGCUCAACUUUUACACUAGCUCGAUGUUGUUUCUGGCUUUUGUUGCCUCGUUGUGGAAGCCCCACACCACAAAACGUGGCUCUACGCUGUGUGACCUUCCACGGUGACCUUCACAAAACGACCAGGAAGUGACUGUCCUGCUUUACGGAGCACAAAUCUUUUAUUUUGUACCAACACUGUAUGCACAGUGUUUGUCUUUUUCCUCUUUCUGUCUCGCACCCUCUCCCUCUUUACGAGCAUCUUUUUUUGUACAUUUGUUGUAUGAUGCGGAAGUGGAGUCCUGUAGGACUUUGUUGGUCUAGCCUAGAAGAAACCUUAAAGAGAAAAGAGACA